UCUCCGCUGUCCCCGGUCCUGGAGAGCUCCGGGCCCCGCAAGGCUAGCUGCCGCCCCUCCGGAGCCUCCCGGGGUGGCCAGGCUGCAGAGUGUGCAGGGCGGGACUCCCCAAGCUGGGCCGCAACGAUCGGGCCCCGCCCCAGGCUCUGCGCUCCGGGCCAGGCGGCGACCUCAGCUUCUGAGCCGGUUGGGCGCUCAGUGCUGGGCCCUCAGACUGCGUCCCUGGAGGCUUCCCGCCGGCAAAGGCUCUGUGCUCACCCCGGCUUGGUGGCUUCUGUUGGCUCUCUGGUGUGAACAUGGUGCAGAAGUAUCAAUCUCCUGUCCGUGUCUACAAGUACCCAUUUGAGCUCGUCAUGGCGGCCUACGAGAAGCGCUUCCCCACCUGCCCGCAGAUCCCCGUCUUCCUGGGCAGCGAGGUCUUGAGCGAGUCCCGCAGCCCCGACGGGGCAGUGCACGUGGUGGAGCGGAGCUGCAGGCUGCGGGUGGACGCCCCACGACUACUGCGAAAGAUUGCAGGUGUCGAGCACGUGGUCUUCGUGCAGAGAAACGUCUUGAACUGGAAAGAGAGGACUCUUCUCAUUGACGCGCACAAUGAGACCUUCGCCAGCCGCGUGGUGGUCCACGAGAACUGCAGCUACACGGUCCACCCUGAGAAUGAAGACUGGACUUGUUUCGAGCAGUCUGCCUCACUGGACAUCCGGUCCUUCUUUGGUUUUGAAAAUGCCUUGGAGAAGAUUGCCAUGAAGCAGUACACCACUAAUGUCAAGAGGGGGAAGGAGGUGAUAGAGCACUACCUGAAUGAGCUCAUCUCCCAGGGCACCUCCCAUAUCCCUCGCUGGACACCUGCCCCGGGCCGGGAGGAGGAGGCCUGCCACCAGGUUGGGCAGUGGGACUCUGGCUCCCUGGAUGCCAACAGGCCCAGCAAUGCCCCAGGCCCUGCUCUGGAGACGGUCAGUACCGAUGAGAUUGGGUCUUGUUAUGUUGCCCAGGCUGGACUUGGUUUCCUGGGCUCAAGUGAUCUUCCUGCCUCAGCCUCCCGAGUAUCUGGAACUACAGGGGAUAAGCUGGACUCGGACUACAUAGAGAGGUGCCUGGGCCACCUCACGCCCAUGCAGGAGAGCUGCCUGAUCCAGCUUCGGCGCUGGCUACAGGAGACCCACAAAGGCAAGAUCCCCAAAGAUGAGCACAUCCUUCGGUUCCUGCGGGCCCGUGACUUCCACGUGGACAAGGCCCGGGACAUGCUGUGCCAAUCCCUGAGCUGGCGGAAGCAGCAGCAGGUGGAUCUGCUCCUGCAGACAUGGCAGCCCCCUGCCCUCCUGGAGGAGUUCUAUACGGGGGGCUGGCAUUACCAGGACAUAGAUGGCCGCCCUCUCUACAUCCUCCGUUUGGGCCAGAUGGACACCAAGGGCUUGAUGAAAGCUGUUGGGGAGGAGGCGCUGCUGCGGCACGUUCUUUCCGUCAACGAGGAAGGACAGAAGAGGUGUGAGGGGAACACAAAGCUGUUUGGCCAUCCCAUCAGCUCCUGGACUUGCCUGCUGGACCUGGAGGGUCUGAACAUGCGGCACCUGUGGAGGCCAGGAGUGAAGGCCCUGCUGCGGAUGAUAGAGGUGGUCCAGGACAACUACCCCGAGACCCUGGGCCGGCUGCUCAUCGUGCGAGCCCCCCGUGUCUUCCCUGUGCUCUGGACUCUGAUCAGCCCCUUCAUCAACGAGAACACCCGGCAGAAGUUCCUCAUCUACAGUGGCAGCAAUUACCAGGGCCCCGGAGGCCUGGUGGACUACCUGAACAAAGAAGUGAUCCCCGACUUUCUGGGGGGAGAGAGCUUGUGCAAUGUUCCAGAAGGAGGGCUGGUCCCCAAGUCCCUCUACCUGACAGAGGAGGAGCAGGAACAGGCAGACCAGCUGCGACAGUGGAGCGAGACCUACCAGGCAGCCAGCAUCCCCCGUGGGACCCCUCAUGAGGUUGCAGUAGAAAUUCUGGAAGGGGAGUCAGUCAUCACCUGGGACUUUGACAUUCUGCGAGGGGAUGUGGUGUUCAGCUUGUACCACACCAAGCAGGUGCCCAAGCCAGGCCCCCGUGAGCAGCUGAUCGACAAAAGCUGGGUCCUCGGCAGGGAUUACAGCCGUGUGGAGGCUCCUCUCAUCUGCCGGGAAGGGGAGAGCAUCCAGGGCUCCCAUGUGACCCGGUGGCCUGGGGUCUACCUGCUGCAGUGGCAGAUGCACAGCCCCCCUGGCAGCGUGGCCUGCAGCCUCCCGGGUGUGGAUGAUGUCCUGACCGCUCUUCACAGCCCUGGCCCCAAGUGCAAACUCCUGUACUACUGCGAGGUGCUUGCGUCUGAGGACUUCAGGGGCUCCAUGUCCAGCCUUGAGUCCUGUACCAGCGGCUUCUCCCAGCUCAGCGCCACCACCUCUGCCUCCUCCUCAGGCCAGUCCCACAGCAGCUCCCGGAUCUCCAGAUAGCCGGGCCCAGUGCUCGGGGGCGGCCUGCUUGGCCCGCAUCCGGGAGUGUGCAGAAAGAGAAGCCAGCUUGACGCAAGGCCUGGGAUCACAUGGGCCAGAGUCCCAGGCGUAGACGCUGCCAGAGUCGGGGUGUCUGGAGCAGCGGCAAGGACCCAGCCCUCAGUUAGGGCUCUCGAGGUCACAAAGACAGAACCAGCUCCUCCCGGCUGCGUGUAAGGAAAGGCCAAGGCCAAGCAUCGUUGAUGCAACCACCCUCAAGUCUUCUGGAUGUGGGAUCCCUUGCCUUUAUGUGCUCCCACCCGCUUCCUGCUCCACUUGGCUGCCUAAAGGAGCUUUUUUAUCCCAAGACUUCAGAUCCUCACCCAGAGCACAGUCUAACAGCCAGCUGGGAGCCCAGAUCAAAUCCCGAGCCAAUCAUGGCUGCCAGGGAGAAUGGAGAACACUGAUUGGCCAGCCUUGUUGGUCAUGUGUCUAACCCGGACCAAUCACUGUGACCUGGGAUGGGGGUAGUACAGUGAUUGGCCAGCCUGGAUCACGUGCCCCUCUCUAAAGCCAAGCACAGUGGUCUGAAAAGGGUAAGGAGGUGCCUCUGAGAAUACUGGGGUUUCCCCCAAAAGGAAGAAAGGAUGCUGGGCAAGUGGAAGUGACAGCCUUUCAGCCUGGCAUCUGAUUGCAAAUCAGGGUCCUCAGUCCCAAGAUGUGCUUGGAGUUACAGGCCCUGCUUUCUGUGUGUGGGGGCUCCCCCACGAUAGACUUGGUGGGGAAGGCCUAACCCAGACACCCCUGACUCCGGCAGGUUUCUGCUAAGUUCCAGGCAGCGUAGGGCAACUCAAGGGAUCUAUAUGUACCCCUGGAGGUCCCUUUCUCUCCUGGGGAGCUGUUUACUUAUGACUUUGGGAAACCUUCCUCCCAGGUGCUUAAAUACAAAAGGAUGACCAUUCAUGGGUGCAUGUAACUGGCUAUUCCAGAUCUUGGUAAGACUGGAUCCAGGGUGUCAACAUAAUAUCAAGACUCCCCUGACAGGUGGAGGCUGGUGUCUCUGCCUCGGGGCAGGUCUGACUCUGGAACUAGCUGAAAUACUGACAUGACAUUCCCCACUUUCCACAAGUGAGAAUUUGGGGCUUGAGGACAGUUCUUUCCUUUCCUCCGUCACCCAAAAAGCAGCAGGUCAGAGGUCACCAAGUGGCAUCCUGAGUCUGAUCUAGCCUGCCUUUAAUGUUUUUUUUUUGUCUUUAGAAUGGUUUAAGAACUGGGGCAGUUCACAUAGAAAUCAGAGUUUUUUUUGCUUCCCUAGCAUUUGGUAGCGUUGGCAAAAUGGGGCCACUAUUGGGACAUGAAGGCAACCCGUCUGUGUCCCAGCAUGGGGUCACACUAGUCCCUACUCCUAUGGACUAGUGUCCAGCCCACACCACUCACCCUCAUGAUCUUCCUUCAAGGGCCCUCACUGACAUGGCUCUGUCUGCAUCUUGGGCUCCAAUCUAGGGCCUGAGAGGAUCAGCCUUGCUCUUAUCUCUUAGCCUUGCUUAGAGUUGAGGGUCAGUCAUUUCUGGUAGAGUUACUGGGCCAAGGGGUGGGUAUAUGACCACCAAAAGGGUAAGGAGCCUCAGGCUCUCUCUGUUCCCCUAGUGAGGGUGCUCUCACCCUUGGGAGAAAACUAGCUCAAACUGACUUAGCAACAAAGAGAAUUCCCUGCGUCCUGUAUUUGGUAUGGUUGAGAGUGGGUCUUGCUUCAGGUAUGGCUGGAUCCAGGACCUCAAUGUCUUCAUGUGUCUCAACUGCCUCCAGGCCUCUUGACUCCACACUUCUGUGCAUACUGACCUCAUUCAUUUUUCCACUUGGUGUGAAGGUGGCUGCCAGCAGCCUCAAGUCUGUAACUGCAGGGAUCAUUAUCUCUAAGACAGAGAAGAUUUCUCAUCUCAAAUCUCAAGGAAGGCUCUGAUGGACCCAGCUUGAAUCACAUGCUCACUCCUGUGGACCAUAUCAUCAAGGAGCCUGCGACUGGCAUUCUCUCCACAAGCAACAGUGUGAUGGAGGAUGUCCAGUCCCCCAGUGGACAAGAGGAGCUAGGCCACACAAUCAGCUCCAUGGUGGUUGGUAUCUUCUAUGGUCCCCUCCCAUGUGGAGGUCUCUGGGACCCACUCUGAAGCAAAGUGAAUGGGCCAUUCUUCUUGCCUUUGCGAGGUCUGGAAUUCAAAAUAAUCCAAGGACAGGGCUGCCAAACUUUUGGCUUUUAAAUUAUCCCCAAGACAGAGGCUGGAAGCUCCUUGGCUUAGUCUUCUUAGUCUGUCUUGCUCAUUAAUCCAUUUGUGGCCAGGACAGAAACAACCCACUCUCAGUGUGACUGUUGGUGUCUGGGAGUCUGGGUCUUGAAUUUAGACCUGGGUUUGAUCCCUAGCCUGCCUUUCUGUAGCCGUGUAACCUCGAGCAAGUAACUUAACCUCUCUGUGCCUUGGUUUCCUCAUCUUUAAAAGUAGGGACAGCAGUGCCUACCUCAUUGGGGAGUGGAUGAAAUGAGAGAGUGGUUAUAAAGUUCUCAGCACAGGGCCUGGUUCCAGGAUGUGCUCAGUAAAUGUCUGUGGCAGUUUUGAUUGUUUAAUGUUUCUUAUCCAAAUGCUCCAGGCUCCUUCCUGAGGAUGCCUGUCAUGCUGUUUUUCAUGAGACUGUGUGGCUCAGAAUGCCACCAGCAUCCAGGGAAAAGUGGAUGUAGAGAUACUAUUUCCCUUUGAGCUGGGGGUGUGGUCAGGCCUUCCCUUUUCAAAACUGUUUUCUGGGCAAAUUCACUGAUCUGAAAGAUCUGUGUGGUAUUUCCUUCAACAGGUAGAGACAAUUUUUCUCUAGAGUUUGAAAAAUUUGAGGUUUUUUUUCCCACCUGGAAUUCUGCUCCCUCUCCCAUAAAAUUAAUUGUUCAAUGUGAAUAGCAUAAUUCUUUCAACAGUCUGUUUCAGGCCGUGAAACAUGAUGUUUUUUGUUUGCUUCAUCAUUUGCUCCAACCAAAAGCAGUAAACAUUUUAGAUUUGCACAUUACUUCUAUUGUCAACUUCCUAAAACCCUAGAGGUGUUGCCUGGGCUUGUUUAGGAACUUUCUAGCUAUUGUUUACAAGACUCUGGAGCAUUCUCGGCAGGGCUGGUAUCACUCAAGAGGUUGCAAAUUGGUUCUUGGUGGGGGGGAGA